CGUCUCUCAUGUGUUGGGCAUCAGCAGAGAGUCUAGGAGCGGGGGUUCCAGGUCCGGGAGUGUAGAUGAGGACCACGUACACAAAGUGGGCUUCAGAAAGUGAUCAGCCAGCAAGCAAGACAUUGUCUCUGUAAAGCUUGCAAAACCGCCGAUGCCGCAGCCAGAAAAAGCUCAAGGCCGCCAGUCACAGUUGCGCCAUGAUCAGUCUCCUCCGGCCUUUGGUGCCCUUGGGGCGGGUUUUGCAGCGGGUUUGCGGGUAUGCAAGGUUCACCAGCGCAAGUGCGAAGCUCACGGGUUCCUCGCCGUGCAGUAUCCAAGAGGCCAAGCAGGUGGCGAAUUUGUACGACACGUGGGGUACUGACUAUGACGACGACGUUCACAAGUGGGGCUACCAACUACCAGAACUGGCUGUGAAUUAUGCGAGAGAGACAGUCGGUCAGAAAGUCUUCGAGGGAGCACGACUGCUGGAUGCCGGUGCCGGUACUGGGCUUCUGGCCCACUGCCUCAAGGAGAGACACCGACUGCGCGGCACGCGCAUCGAUCCGCGUGGCGCAUGGCGCGUGGCGCAUGGCGCGGGUCACGGGGGGGCGCCGUUGGCUGUCGCUGGAUUGGACCGAAUAUAA